CACAUUCGGUUAUGUGCUCUAAACUGCUCCAAGAGUGCUCCAACUCAGAACCAUGUGUUCGGGUUGGCAACUCUGCCCCGGAGCAUAUCGUGUAGCGUAUUCGACUUGACAACACCGCUCCGAGAGCAGGCAGAACACGUGUUCGUGUAACACGCUCCGCUACGUCACAGAGCAUUUUGCGUAUUCGAGAUACAAAUCCUGCUCCACGACAGGGCAAAAAACGUAUUCGGUUUGUAACAUAAAUCCACCCCGGAGUCAAUCUAGAGCAAGAAAUCUUGCUCCAUCUUUUUCGACGGAGCGACAGCAAUAAUUUUUUAAAUAUCUUACUGCGCAUGUCAUAUUUUGAAUUUUAAAAUGGAAAUUGAAGCAGAAACUUUGACUUUAGCUUUUGAACUUUUAGAAAGUUCUAGUGAUGAUAGUGAUAAUGAAUUUUUUGAAGUUAUGAAUGAAUUUCUUAUAGAAAAAAGAGAUUGUCCUAAAAUUAAAGGUUAUGUCAGAAUAGUGUUAGAAGAAUAUGAUAAUAUAGAGUUUAAAAGAAAUUUUAGAGUAUCAAGAGAGAUGUUUCUUAAACUUCAGGAAAUGUAUGAGAACUCUAAUUUUAUUAGUUCAAAUAAUCAUGGUUUACCAUGUACCUCAACCGAGUCACAAAUUUUGCAGUUUUUGUGGUUUGCGGGAAACAAAUGUGUAAUUCGAGAUGUUGCUGCAAGGUUUGAUGUUGCAGAGUCAACAUGCCAUGCUAAAAUAAAUAAUGUUAUGAAUUUUUUAAUUGACAUUGCACCUCAAAUAAUUAAAUUUCCAAGAAGUGAAGAAGAAAAAACAGCAGUUGCCGAAAAGUUUGAAGAAAUUGCAGGUUUUCCUGGAAUUAUUGGUGCCAUAGAUGGCAGUUACAUCCCAAUAAGAACCCCAGCAGACAAAGUAAAAAGUACUUACGUCAACCGACAUGAUCAAACGGCGUUAAGUUUACAAGGAAUUUGUGACGCAGAAAAAAAAUUUAUAGAUGUUUUCACUGGAAUAUCUGGCAAAGUUCACGACUCCACUCUUUUUAAAAUGUCCUUUAUUUAUGAUGAAAUUGUUGCAAUUUGUGGUGAAAAGUGGCAUUUAAUAGGCGAUGCUGCAUAUGGGAUAAGGAAAUGGUUGUUAGUGCCUUAUCGUGAUUACGGGAAUAUGUCACAGGAACAAAAACAUUUUAAUAAAAAAUUGUCGCAGAGUAGAGUAAAAAUUGAAAAUGUUUUUGGGUUAUUAAAAGUACGAUUCCGACAAUUACAAAAACUAGAUUUUUUAACUGUCAAAAAAAUGUCCCAAUUUAUAAUGGCUUGCUGCGUAUUACAUAAUUUAUGUAUUUUAAAUGAAGAUGAGUGGGAUGAUUAUAUAGAAGGCGACAAUGAUGAUAAUGAGUAUACUCCUGAUGCGAAUGAAAAUAUUAAUGAAAAUCACGAAAAAACAUUGGGAGAAAUUAAAAGGGAUGAAAUGUGUUACAAAUUUUCAAACAUUAGGUAAAAAAUUUUGUAUAUUUUUUUACGUUAUACGUUUAUAUAAUACAUUUAAAUUGUUUAUAUAAAAU